AUGUUUGAUUUCUUCUUGAUUGUUGCAUUUAUAUCAAUCCAUUCAAGCUCACCACCACAUUCAAGAAUUCUCAAGUUCGCUGAUACAACACAAGCAGAAAGAAUCCAUACACAUAAAUUUCAAGAUGGCCGAUGGAAGAUCAUCAUUGAGGCCACGGUAGUGCCGCUGAGACUUUCAAAUUCUCUUGAUUGUGUUAUGUUAUUUCAGAUUGAAUCUUUGAUAGAGGCCAUGACCAACAGAAGCCCCAACCGCGUAAACAAAAUCGUCCAUAGAGUGUUUAGCAGUAGCCAAGUGACAAAUGCGUUACUUAGGAGGGACAAAAAGUUCUCAACAAAAGUGCUUGUUUUUGCCUCAACGAUAUGGAUUAUAAUUGACAAGCACCGUGUGCGUGCCUCCAUCUGUGAUAGUUUGAUGCUCACUCUAACAAUAUUAUUUGUGUGGUCAAGAGAUGCCAAAUUUCUCAAUGCAGUCAUUAUCCCAGAAGAGCCUGUAUUGAAGUUGACAUUUGCAUUGAGGAACAAUAUCAAUAGUGCAUUUGCUACUUUGCAUUACACUGCAUCAGGAAAGGAUGUGAAGAAGUUUUUCUUUUUGACAUUUGGCCUGUUGUUGUCAUCAAAAUUGUGUAGUUGCUGUGAUUUUUUUACACUGUUAUAUUUACCCACACUUCUGCUCCUCUAUGCCUUUUGCUUGCAUGAAUGUGAGGAUCUGGUAACCUCUAACGUGGUGAAGAACAAGAAUUACCGUCAAAUUUGGUAUGUAAAAAUCGGCUCUAAAAGUCGAAUCCUAGUAGGGUGUCUGAUUUCCUUUUGUGGGCAUCCUUUUUUUCCAGGCCGCUUUGUUAUAUAGAAGGUACUACCUUAUAUGUU